CUCUAAUCUUCGUCCUUUCCACUUCAAUGAUAUCUACUGUUGGAAUGGUGCCCUCGUCUUCACUAGAUCACCAAUAGGGAUUAUCCUACUCACUGCUUGGUUCUUGGGACAUCACCUCACACUGUCAUUACGAUGGCUUCACCUUCGUCCAGCGCAGCAAACGCCCCCCAGGCCCCAGCACGCGCCUCUGUGCUUACUGGGCUCCCUUUCGAGAUACUGGCAGAAAUCUUGUCAGACUAUGAACUUGACCAAUCCGAUAGGAAGGAACUUCGCCUCACUUGCAGGGUCCUUGAGGGUAUCGCAACCCCUCUGGUCUUCCGGCGCGUGCCUUUGAGCAAGCUGAUCUCAGACCGCGAUGCGUUCCUCAAAAUUGCUAGCCGCCCCCACCUGGCCGAGCACGUCAGGGAGAUAGUAUGGUAUGAACUGGCGCCCGACGAAGGUUCCAGCUUCUUCGACCGCCUCGGCAGACUUGGAAGCUUCACCUUGGAAGAAGGUGACUAUAUCGACAAUCUUGUCCCCGAAAUGGAAUCCCGGGCUUCCAACCUAUUUUGGCUUCCCCUUGUCUUGUGGCUCCCCAGUGUCCCAACUGACGAUGGUGAUGCCAGUCGUGAAGAGUCCGAGAUCAAGCUUGCCGAGGCCAUCUCCGGGUUCUCGGAGGCGUUUGUCUCUGCACUUGAUUCAAUGCCGAAGCUCAGAACCUUCAUAUCGCAGGAGAUGCCACAGGACCGGGUCCUCUGCGAUGACGGAUACCCCAUCACUGCUGGGACGUUGCAAGCUUUGGGCAAUGGCUCGAUCCGGAGAGACGGCCUUUUCCAUUUCUUGUUCCCGGCCAUGGCACGCCCGGGCUCGACUGUGACAAGCCUAUACUGGUCGGACCACAAUAUCUUCGAGAGCAUCUUGACGCUGCAGGAUCUGGUUUCCGCUUCGGCUUCACCCCGUCUCGACUGUCUCACCUCAAUCGACCUAUGCCUCGACUGGUCUAAAAUCCCAGACAGACCAUCUACCGCCGCGAAGUACACUCUCAGCCUUGGAUCGGACCUAAUAUCGACGUUCAGCAAGUGGCUUCACUCAGCAAAGUCGCUCCAGCAUCUCCGGCUCUGUCACGAGCACACUGUUAUCCGGAAUUACGGGAUUGGAAAGGCACUGUUGGUCGUUGAAGGUUCCGUACCCUGGGAGAAUCUGCAAACCCUGGCCCUCGCCAACAUGGAAGUUCAUCGUGCGUCCUUCUUACAAUUCGUACGCGAGCACGCUCACACCCUGAGGCGGCUAUCUCUGAAGGCCUGCGAGACUAGAUGGGAAACCGUGGAGGCAAUGGGGGCAAUCCCACGUCUGAAGUUAGAUUCUCUGCAGCUUGAGGAGGACGACGACGACCAGGGUGUCAGGAAGAUAGUAUCGGAAUCGUCCCUUCUACGUUUCGUCAACAAGGAGACCGAUCGGCGCCCUUGGGAAGAUCUGCAUCGGUCGGAUAGCAGGACUCCCAGGUAUGUUGUCACGAGAAAAUACGUGGCCCCUGGUUGGGAGUAUGCGCAUAGAACAUAUUACCCCGGCGGUCCACCCAACUUUGUUGAAUCAACGGCGUCAUCGGUCGAUAGCGAGGAUACGCAGCACUUGGAAGCGCCAAAUUGGUGCUGCGGCCGGCUCGCUCGCAGGGGCGAGGCCUUUGAAAUCUACUACUGGCCCGUCCCUCAGGGCACGCCUGGCAGCUUUCCCACCGAGAAUUGGAAGUUUAUUCACAGAAGCGGCCUUGUGUCGUACGGGACCGAACCUUUGGAGGACUUCGAAGACUGGGAUAGAGAGGAGGGCGAUGUAGCGGAGGCAGUGCCCUUCGGGGCGAUGUUCAGCGAGUUCGUGAAGGCCAGGGCGCAAGACAAUGAACGGCACGACUUUAGCAUCGGUCAGUUCUUUGGAGCAUCGUGGGAUUUGAAUCCGGCACAGCUUGUCCUCCCAGAUGGCGCCGUCCUGUAUUCUAGAGCAGAUGAUCCAUUCGAUUUUGAUGAGGAGGAAGGAAGCAGCAUGUAUGGCUACUUACCUGACAGCGGGGAGGACUUGUAAAUAGCAAUUGUG